CACAAGGCGACGGUGAAGACGGUGAACCCGGACCGGUCCUCCGUGUCCGUGGAGUGGUGCGAGGGCGGCACCGUCAAGGGCAAGGAGAUUGAGAUUGAUGAUGUGAUAACAAUAAAUCCUGAGUUAUCAGAAGAACUGCUUGCUGCAGAUGUGAAAGAGAACCUUCCUUUGCAAGAGAAUGUAACUGUACAGAAACAGAAGCGUAGAACAACCCUUUCAAAAAUUCCUGCUCCACGGGAAGUUGUGGCAGUGACACCCAAUGUCUCUGCACCUGAGCAAAAGAUUCCAGCUGUUCGUGGCCGUUCCAGGAUGUCUGUUAUCACAGAAUCUCAGUGCAGCCUCCAGGAAAAUGAGAUGGGGGUGGAUUCUUGUACUUCUACACAAACCAGAAACAAUUUAUCAGUUCCUGCUGGCCGAACCAGGACUAGCAGGCUGCACUGUGCUCCAGAAGCCUCACUGACAAAUGUAAAUGGAAAUACAGAGGAUCAUCUGCCUGCUGCUAGAAUGAGCUCUUCAGGCAGCCCAGUUCGGAGAAUAUCUAACAUUGUGAAAGAGAUGGAGAAAAUGAAAAACAAGAGAGAAGAAAAGAGAGCUCAAAUUAGUGAAAUCAGGACAAAACGUGCACAGGAAUUUGACAGCAGCUGUCCAAACUGGGAGUUUGCACAGAUGAUCAAGGAAUUCAGAGCAACUUUAGACUGCCAGCCAAUAUCUAUAACUGACCCAAUAGAAGAACAUAGGAUUUGUGUCUGUGUGAGGAAGCGCCCUCUCAAUAAACAAGAACUUCUAAAAAAGGAAUGUGAUGUGAUUACUGUUCCGAGCAAGAGUGUCCUGCUGGUGCAUGAGCCAAAGCAGAAAGUGGACCUAACAAAAUACCUUGAUACCCAAGCAUUUAGAUUUGACUUUUCAUUUGAUGAAUCCUCAUCUAAUGAAAUGGUAUACAGGUUUACUGCUAGACCUCUUGUGGAGACCAUCUUUGAGGGUGGGAAGGCGACGUGCUUUGCAUAUGGCCAGACAGGCAGUGGCAAGACACAUACUAUGGGUGGAGACUUCUCCGGGAGAGCACAGAAUGCCUCAAAGGGCAUAUAUGCUUUUGCAUCACAAGAUGUCUUCCUCCUCCUAAACCAGCCCAGGUACAGGAGUCAGGACCUGGAAGUCUAUGUGACUUUCUUUGAAAUAUACAAUGGAAAGGUGUUUGACCUCUUGAAUAAGAAGGCAAAGCUUCGAGUCCUGGAGGAUGGCAAGCAGCAGGUCCAGGUUGUUGGUCUUCAAGAGAGACAAGUCAGCUGCGCUGAGGAUGUCAUCAGAAUGAUUGAGAUGGGCAGUGCCUGCAGGACAUCUGGGCAGACUUUUGCAAACGCUAGCUCUUCACGGUCACACGCCUGCUUCCAAAUCAUACUACGCCAAAGAGGGAAACUGCUUGGCAAAUUUUCCUUGGUGGACCUGGCAGGAAAUGAGAGGGGUGCAGACACAUCUAGCGCUGAUCGGCAGACGCGAAUGGAAGGUGCAGAAAUCAAUAAGAGCUUGCUGGCUUUGAAGGAAUGUAUCCGAGCUUUAGGGCAGAACAAAUCUCAUACCCCUUUCCGGGAAAGCAAGCUGACCCAGGUGCUAAGAGACUCUUUCAUAGGAACAAACUCAAGGACCUGUAUGAUAGCAAUGAUUUCUCCAGGCAUGAGUUCAUGUGAAUACACCUUAAACACACUGAGAUACGCUGACAGAGUGAAAGAGCUCAGCCCUCAUAAUGGAGGUGGUGAAACACAGAAUCAGAUGGAGACUGAGAAUGAGGAAACAGAGACCAGUGGAGAAGGCUCAGGUCACAAUCUCUCCAAGGAUGAGGAGGAAGAUAUCUCUCCCCACAUGUUCAACUUUCGUGAGGCUAUGACUCAAAUUAGUGAACGGGAGGAGAAGGUUGUAGAACAGCUUAGAGAACUGAGACAGAGAAUGAUGACUGAACUUGACUACCUCUUGGGAAUCACGGAGCAACCAGACUAUGAUAUUGAGACCUUUGUGAGCAGCGCUAACCUCUUUGUAGAGGCAAGCUCAAGAAAAUUUCUUGGUGUCAGAGAAACGUUGGAUGCCCUGGGGGCUGCCAUGCAACUGGAGGAGCAAGCCAGCAAGCAGAUGAGGCGGCAGAGGCCUUAGUAAAUACAGCAAAACCUGGUUCACAAGCAGUCUUCUGUAUGUCUUGCAUGUUUGUCAGUGGUUUGUCCAACUCCUAUUUUAAAUGUGGUAGAGCGUCUGCA